UGCGAGAUUAUUGUUCUUGAUCUCCAAAUGAACACGAAGCUGAUCCAAACCAACGCCAUGAAAGAACUCAUGCCCGAAGCGAAUCGGUGUUUGAUACUACAGAUCAUCAGACGUUGAUGAAGCAUGUCAUGGAAAAGAUCUCGACAGAGCGACAUCCUUCAGGGACAGCAGCCAUGAUGCCUCUUGAACUGGGAGGAGUUGCGGACCCUGAGCUCAAGGUGUACGGCACGUGCAACUUGCGUAUUGCUGAUGCCAGUAUCAUGCCCCUGAUUCCAUCAGCCCAUCUACAAGCUAGUGUCUAUGGCAUUGCUGAGAAGGCGGCAGACAUGAUUAAAUCAGCCAAACUGGAUUGCCGAAUUGGAGAACGACUUCCUUUCCCUCCCAGGUCGCGACCAGCCAUUUGAUCACAUCCAUCAUGCUUGGAUAACACAUAUAGAUCAAUCCAAAGAAAAUGCUGGCAUUCUGGGUUACCAGGGAUAUAUUCUUCACAUUGGACUUGACGCUUUCGGGGUGAAAUGGUCAUAGAUUGCGAAUUAGACUAGGUAAUGAUAAUGUAGCAUUUCUGCCUGUUCCCAGCAUGCUCAAUAGAGCGAA